AUGCUGGAUGGUGGUGGUCCUGGAUUUUUCUUCUGCAACUUCAUGGCGACCUCUGCAAAAGUAUCAUCCUGUUUUUUGAGGCCCAAUGAUGGCCUCCCGAAACUCCUGCAUCUCUGCCCCCGGAAGAUUCCUAACCGUUUGUAUUAUCCAAAAUUCUGUACAAAUCCCUCGUCUCAUUUGAAUCUGUUGCACCGCCAUCCUCUCAUUACGAAAAGUGCGUUUCUAUUGCAGAAACAUAUUCCAUGCCUCGUUAUAAUCUGGAAAAGGAUUUUCUGGCAUGGGAAAAAGUUUUCCCGGCAUGCGGUCACUAAUUGGCGUGGCGAUGUCUCCAUCAAAUAA